CGACGCGGGACGCGGGUUCUUUAGUCUCGGGCGUGCGUCAGGACAGGUGCGUCGUGCGUUACAAUACACAACUACGAUGCGUAAGUCUAUAAUGAAAAAACGAAUAGAUAAGAUUAUGGAAGGCGUGCAGCUACAAAGGGAUGAAGAAAAUAUGGAACAUGAGGAAACAAUAAAUGAAAAAAAAUCGGAUCAGCCCGGAGAGACAAAAGAAAUAGAAAGCUGUAAAAAGAAGGCCUUAGAAGAAGUGGAUCAAUAUGGAGAGGAGAUAAAAGAAACCACACUUGAAAAAGACGAUCAAUAUGGAGAAAACAUUAGCAGUGGAUCAGAGGGUAAGGAAACUGGACUAUCACCUACAAUUUUAGAUUUCAGCUCGGGUAGCAGUGAUGAUUUUAUACCAAACAGUGAAACCGACUCAACCGACACAAGCACGUCGACUGGUAAACCAAAGAAAAGAUAUACCAAAAAACUGAUAAUUCCUGAAAGCUCUGAUGACUCAGAUAGCACUACCUCAGGACCAGAACCUGGAUGCUCGCAUUCAAAUGAAAAACAACGAAAAUCAUUAAAGGAAAGAAGGGCAGAUAGACAAUCUAGAUUAAUGUUACGCAAUGCAGGCAAGAGUUAUGUUACUAAACUGGGUAAAAUGAAACCUGAAAGAAAUUUGGGCCCACUAACGGACUGUCGCAUGAAAUGCAAUAUUCGUAUAUCCCAUGACAUAAGAGAAUUUAUUUUUAAAGAGUACUGGGGUUUAGGUUCGUACGAUGAGAGAGCUAAAUAUACUGAACGCUUUAUUAAAAUUAAUAAGAAAAAAACACAUACAAUUGAAGGCAAAGGAAAACGAGAAUACAGCAAUACAUAUAAAAUAGUUUAUUUUGAUGAGGAUUACAAAAUAUGUAAAAGUUGUCUUUUGAAAACUCUUGGUGAGAGUAAUCGCUUCCUUCAGACCGUGUGUGAAAAAAUAAAAAAGUAUGGUCGUGUAACUAAAAGCGAAAGGGGGCGUGCUGCCAGCUACAAAAAAAUUUCUAACGAGCGACUGAAAGACGUAGAACAGCAUAUCAAUAAAUUCCCGGCGUACGAAAGCCAUUACUCUCGAUCCAAGACUGCUAAGAAGUACCUUAGCUCCGACCUUUCCCUCAAUACUAUGUAUCAGCUUUAUUGUAAAGAGAAUAGUAACCCCGUCUGUAAAACUGUAUAUGGCAAAGUUUUUAAAGAUAUGAACUUAUCAUUUAAAAAGCCUAGUAUAGAUACAUGCAAUAAAUGUAACUUAUUACAAAAUAAGCUCCAAUAUUUACAAGAUGCUGAACAAAUUGUACAAGUACGGGAGCAACUGAGACUACAUCAGGAAAGUUACGAAAGUGCUUACACUGAAAAACGCAAAGAUAAGGCUUUGGCUAAAACUAAUUCGGAUGUUUGUGUUAUUGCAUUCGAUUUACAACAAUGUCUACCUACUCCUAUGCUGAAUACUCAAUCAGCAUUUUAUAAAAGACAACUAUGGGUCUUUAAUCUGACAAUCCACGAUUUUACGACGGAUAACGCAUAUUGCUACAUGUGGCCAGAAUGCAGUGGUGGCAGGGGCGCCAAUCAAAUAGCUUCGUGCUUGUACGAAUUUAUCACUGUGAGACUUCCGUUGCUUCACCCAAAUGCUAAAACCUUAAUCAUGUAUUCAGAUUCAUGUUCAGGACAAAACAAAAAUUCUAUUAUUUGCACAGCUUUAUUAUUUGCACUAAAAGACUCGCCUCAACUUUUGAACAUACAACAUAAAUUUCUCGUACCCGGCCAUACACAUAUGGAAGUUGAUAGUAACCAUGCGCUCAUUGAAAAGGCAAAAAAACGAACAUCAAUGAAUAUUCACCACCCACGCGAUUGGUGUCAAUUGGUAAGGAGUGCAUCAACUAGAACUAAUAAAUUUUCAGUAAUUGAAAUGGCGUGGACAGAUUUUUACGAUUUUGCCAUGUUUGCUAAAAAUAAUUUUACAGUAAAAAAAACUAAUGCUACGGGUGAAAAGUUUAUAUGGUUGAAUGUAAGAGUAAUUAAAUUUAGUAAAGAACAAUUUCCGGUUUUUGAAUAUAAAGAAAGUUACGUAGGUGAUGAUUAUUUUGUGAUGUCUUACGACAAAAGGAAUAAAGACUACAGUUUAGUAGGUAUUAAUGCUGUUCCAAAAUGUUACAAUGGACCAAUUCCUAUAAGUGUUUUAAAGAAAAGGGAUUUAAUAUCACUGUUAGAAUACAUUGAUCCAAGUGUUCACGAUUUUUAUCAUGGUUUGGUAACAAACUCAAAUUUGCGUGACGUAGAUCCUGAUAAUAUUGUUUCGGAUAAUGAAUAGUUGCAGUGCUACAACAUAUCUGUUGUUAGAUUUUUGGAGGCUG